GCUCCUGGGAAAUUCGGAUAUAUAAUUCAUUUCUUCCUCUCUCUCCGCCUCCUACACACCAACUUCUCCUUCGUCACACCGAUUUAGCACUCUGUAUAUUAAAAGAAACGCUGAAAAAUCAUCUGUAAAAAUGGCGGCAUCUGCUUCUUCGACUUUAAAUUUCUCCACCAAACCCUCCCACACCUCUCUCUCAUGGAAAACACGCAUCGGUUCCUCCUCCGUUUUCGCCGUCGCCGCCUUGUCUCCCCGCCGCGAUCAGCGUCAGUACCCACGUUUCGUUAUAUUCUCCAUGGGCGCAAAACCUACGGUCCUUGUAGCUGAAAAACUCGGCGAGGCAGGAGUAGAUCUCCUAAAGGAAUUCGCUGACGUGGAUUGUUCGUAUAACCUGAGUCCCGAGGAACUCCGCAAUAAGAUCUCAUUGUGUGAUGCGUUGAUUGUACGGAGUGGUACGAAGGUGAGCCGUGAGGUAUUUGAGUCGUCCGGUGGACGGCUUAAAGUUGUUGGACGAGCUGGUGUGGGAAUUGAUAAUGUGGAUCUUGCAGCGGCAACUGAGCAUGGAUGCCUUGUUGUUAAUGCGCCCACUGCUAACACUGUUGCUGCUGCGGAGCAUGGAAUCGCAUUACUCACCGCUAUGGCUCGAAAUAUUGCUCAAGCCGAUGCUUCCGUGAAAGCUGGAAAGUGGCUGAGAAACAAAUAUGUUGGUGUCUCCCUAGUUGGCAAAACACUUGCUGUGAUGGGUUUUGGGAAGGUUGGAUCAGAAGUUGCCAGGCGAGCUAAGGGGCUUGGCAUGCAUGUUAUUGCUCAUGAUCCAUAUGCCCCUGCUGACCGUGCACGUGCCAUUGGGGUGGAGCUUGUUAGCUUUGAUGAAGCCAUUGCGUCUGCAGAUUUUAUCUCACUUCACAUGCCACUUACAUCUGCAACUAAGAAGGUCCUAAAUGAUGAAACUUUCGCAAAGAUGAAAAAGGGUGUGCGAAUUGUCAAUGUUGCUCGUGGGGGAGUGAUUGAUGAAGAUGCUUUGGUCAGGGCACUUGAUGCUGGAAUUGUGGCACAGGCAGCACUUGAUGUCUUCACUGUGGAGCCACCAUCAAAGGAUAGUAAGUUGAUUCAACAUGAGAAUGUAACUGCAACGCCUCAUCUUGGCGCUAGUACUAUGGAAGCGCAGGAAGGGGUGGCCAUUGAGAUAGCAGAAGCUGUUGUUGGAGCUUUGAAAGGAGAGCUUGCUGCUACUGCUGUCAAUGCUCCAAUGGUGCCUGCUGAGGUGCUCUCCGAGCUGAAGCCUUUUGUCGAACUGGCUGAAAAACUUGGUAGACUUGCUGUCCAACUAGUCGCAGGUGGAAGUGGUGUGAAAUCAGUGAAAGUGACGUAUGGUUCAGCUAGAGCACCUGAUGAUCUUGACACAAGAUUGCUUCGUGCCAUGAUAACUAAGGGAUUGAUUGAGCCUAUUUCCAGUGCCUUUGUGAACUUGGUCAAUGCAGAUUUCACUGCUAAACAGAGAGGACUAAGAAUAGCUGAAGAAAGAUCUCUUCUAAAUGGUUCACCAGAAAGUCCACUCGAGUUCAUUCGGGUUCAGAUUGCCAAUGUGGAGUCCAAGUUUGCAAGUGCUGUUUCUGAUUCUGGAGAGAUUAGAGUGGAGGGCAGGGUAAAAGAUGGAAUCCCUCAUUUGACAAAAGUUGGAUCUUUUGAAGUGGAUGUGAGCUUGGAAGGCAGCAUCAUUCUCUGUAGACAGGUUGAUCAGCCAGGAAUGAUCGGGAAGGUGGGUAGCAUCUUGUCUGAGGAGAAUGUGAAUGUAAGUUUCAUGAGUGUUGGAAGGGUUGCUCCAAGGAAGCACGCGGUUAUGGCUAUUGGAGUGGAUGAGCAACCAAGCAAGGAGUCAUUGAAGAGGAUUGGGGAAAUUCCUGCUGUUGAGGAGUUUGUUUACCUUAAAUUAUAACAACUGUUUGAUGAUGUUGUUUGUUAGAUUUCUGUCUGAAUUCACUACGAGGCCAAAUUUUGAUGAUGUUGUUUGUUUACAAGUAGUCUAGUGUAGGAUAAAAAAAUAAUUUGGAUGUGAAAUUAGAAGUGUAGUACAUUUAGUUGUCAAUUUGACAAUCUUUAGAUUUUUCUGUCAAACUUUAUCUUUGGUGA